AUGUCCGCCUCACGCGCGCACGGCGUCGCGGACAAGCAAUGUCCCGUCUGUCGCGAGCUCUGCGUCAAGCCCGCAGCGCUCCCAUGCGGUCACGUCGCGUGUUUAUGGUGCACUCACUGCAGCAUGAGUUCUCUCGGUGAAUCCACCUGCGCCCUUUGUCGCAAUGAAUUCACCGCGCUUCCCGCGCUGUCGCGCGCGCUGGAGAAUCAUCACAUGUGGUGCGACCCGCGCGCGUUCUGUGAGCGACUGAAAGAGGCUCGAAAGGAGGACGUGGAGCGGGGACACAAGAGCCCCAAAUUUGAGGUGUGCGUCGUCGCGGCGGCGGCGAACGACGACGCGCGAUCGAAGCUCAUCUCGUUCGACGCGAGCGUCGUCGGCGUGGUUGAUGACGACCGUGAUAUGGCAGAUGUGGUUUUGAAGGCGCUAGAGGAGACCGAGUGCGGGGGGAUGUUUGAAGAGAUGCGGAUGUUUGACGCGAGCGCGGGCGAAGGCGUCGCCGCUUUUCACGCGUGCUGUUGUCCAUCGCGAACGGAGGUCGUUUCGUGCGGUGAGCUCGCGAGUCGGCCCGUGGUUUGUCAACAGUGUGGAACGCUCUACGAGCGAGCGCACGCGGACGCGCUGACAGCGAAAGCGGGUGAAGGGAACGAGUGGUGCUUUUGCGGCGGGACACGACCUCCGACUCGCGUGAUUUUUUCGCUCAAGGAAGACAUAGAGAGCGCGUACCCGAAGGACUUCGUCGAUGCGUCGAGAAAACGGUGCGACCAAGCACUAGCGGAGUGUUUAGUGGCGCUCGAGCGCGAGGCUGAGCUAAAGGCGAAUGUGGAAGGCGACGUUGACGACGUCGACGCAAAGGAUGAAACCGUCUCCACUUCGACGCACAUUGACGUUGGCGGCGCGCGUACUCUGGUCUUUGAUCACGAAACUUUCACGCAUUUCGGCGUCGGGUGCGAUUUCUGUGGUGUGUAUCCCAUCGUUGGUCCGAGGUAUCAAUGCGCCGAGUGCAAGGAUUCCGAGUUCAUGGGCUUUGAUCUUUGCGCCAAGUGUAUGCAAAACGUCUUCGAGCACCCAGAGCGAAAACGCGACUAUCGCUUCGCGCAGAAUCACACCGACGCGCACGAGAUGGUUCUAGUUCGUCCGCGUCCAACGAUGGUUCACGUGAUGAAAAGCCUCCAUCCCGAACUCAGCGCGAAUCAAAUCAUACAAUGGUUGGACAAUCAAGCGACGGCGUCGCGAGAAGCCGAAGCCGAAGCCGCCGAAGACGAAGCACAAGCCGCCGAAGCUGACGCAUCCGAAUCCGACGAACCCGAAGAAGGCGACAUGACCGAGGACGAGCACCAAUAG